CUGGUUCCUGGUUGAAAAUAACCAACAACCCUAUUCUCCAAUGUUGAAAUAAACGUAAACUAAAGGAAGCAGAUAAUGUCUACAAGAAAAUGAUUUGUUUGAAAGAUUUAAAAGAAAUGUUUAAAGCUGUACAUCUAUAGAUACGUUUCUGUUGAUUGGAACAUUCAAAUACACCAUGGCUAAUGCUUGGACACCUGGUGGCAAGAAACAGCAAAAGGGAAAGAAAAGUUCUGAUGGUCUUGAUGAUUUACUUGGAGAUCUGCUUCAUGAAGAUUCCUCACCAAAAAAGAAAAGUCCACCUUCACAUGCUCCUGCUGUAAGAACAAGAUCACAAGAAGGAAAGAAGCAGGGGUCUAAGGAUGAAGAUUUCUAUAGUAACAUUGCUGCUAGUGCUGAAGAUGGACUUUCUGAUGUAUCAGAAGCUGAUGUCAAAGAGAUGGCACAAAGUAUUAAGGAUUUAGAAGAUAUGGAUGCUGACUUAUUUGGAGGAAAACUAAAGAAAAAGGGAAGUACUAAAGGAGGAAGUUCUAGUAAAACAAAUACACCUCGUCGAGGAGGUACUCCUAGAUCUCGUAGUACUACACCACGAGCUGUAUCUCCCCAACAGAGAGUGACUUCACCUCAGGCUAGAGUAACCUCCCCUACCUCCAAAAGUCCAGUAGGAGCAGGUGGACCUACAUCAACCUGGGAUCAGCCUACCAGUCCCAGAGGUGGAUCUAGAGAAAGGCCUGGUAGUGCUGGCAGUAAGGGUGGGGUGACAUGGAGUGAUCAGCCAACCAGUCCUAGGGGAGUGUCUCGAGACAGACCAGAAAGUGGGGGUAGGAAAUCUGAGGCAUCAGCUCCAGUGUAUAAACAGCAGGAUGUAACUAUUCCAAAACCUAGUACAGCUCCAGGGAAAAUGAAUGACAUAUAUAAUGGUAAUGGAUCAGAGAGUUUAAGACCAGGUGCAACACCACCUCAAGAGAGACCAGGAACUGUACCAAAGGCCAAACCAAAGUAUGAUUUUGGAGAGUUUAAUGAAGAUGAUCCUUUAGCUGGUUUAUUGAGUGAUGAUGAAGAUGAUGAUUCCUGGGCGACAAAACCUGCUACAAAAAGAUCCUCAUUGAAAAAGAAGGAGGAACCAGUUGUCAAAAAACAGGAACCAGAACCUGUUAAAAUAGUUGAAGAACCAAAGAAGAAUCUGUAUGAUAGACCUCCAACUAGGAGUGGAGAGAACAAAAAGGUUGAUGAAGAGCCUGAAACAGCAGUAUCUAAACAAGUUGCAGCUAGUAAAAAGAAGGAAGAUGCUGGUAUAUUCAGUGAUGAUGAUGAUUUCUUGGGAGGGUUAGGUAUAGAAGACAAAGGCUCAGCGCCAUCAACAGCUUCUAAACCAAAGCCAGAGAUAGAAGAUUUUGAUAGUGAUUCUGAAGAAAAGCCAGCACCACGAAUGUUCGACAAGUUACUGGGUAAAGACAGCAGUGCCACCAAACAUUUGGAAACAAAAGAAAGAAAGGAAUUUGUACUAGAUAAGAAAUAUACACAGCCAGAAGAAGAAGAUGAAGAAGAUUAUGCCUUUGGAAGUUACAUGCCAUCAGCAGGAUCAGCUAGUGGGGGUUCAAGACCAGGUUCUCGUAGAUCUGUCAGAUUUCAAGAUGAAGAUGAUAUUUUUGGUUUUGACAAGCCUCCAUCUAGAGGCAGAUCACCUGCUACCAAGAAACCAGAAGGAAUGGAGUGGCUUGACCACAUGAGUCCUUCCCCUAGAUCUACACCCACCAAAGAAACAGUAGGCAAAGAUGAAGCAAUCCCCGCUAAAGAGUCCCCAACAAAGGAUGCUCCUUCUAAAGAGCCUACUAGUGCCUCAAAAUCAUCAACACCACCAGGUGCUAAAACUCCGUCAAAAACAAUGAACAAACCAAAAGUUGACCCAUUUGAAUAUCUGGGUUUGAAAGAUGAUGAGGAUGAUGGCUUUGAAUGGAUGAAGCCAAAACAGCCUGAAGUUAGACCAGGAACAGGAGAGCAGAGACUUGCCCCAGUUACUCCACCCCAGUCUAAAGUACCAGAUCAUCUAAAGUUUGAACAGAAACCAGCUGAAAUGGAUCAGUCACCUGAUGAUUAUCUUGGUCUUGGUGGUGAAGUGGAUCUAGAUUCAAUGUUAAAAAAGACUCCAGAUUCUCCAUUGUUUGGUGGAAGUCGUGUAUCAGAAUCACAAAGAGAUUUAUUUUCUACCCCAGCUAAGAUAGAUCACACACCAACUUGGGAAUCAGGUUCCAGAAGAAAGAAUUCAAGAUCUGGUAGUGCAGAUAGAGGAGCAGACCUUUCAUUCCAAAGACAGUCUUCCAUUUCUGACGAUGUUAAAAUAUCUGAACACCCAUCAACUCAACUACAGCAAAAGGAUAUCAGUCAGCAUGAUUUUCUGUCCAACCAAUCAGAAUCUACUUUCCAGUCUUCCAAACCAGAGCCUAACUUCCUGUCACAUAGACAGGAACCAGAUUUUCUGUCCAGUAAACCAGAAUCUGAAACAAGAACAACAGAUUUCUUUAACUUCAGUAUGGCAGAUAAACAGAGACAAAAAGAGGCCAGAGCUCAGAGUAGUCCUGAGAAAGGAAGCUAUCCAUCAGAUCAGAUGUCACAACAACAGAUGCAAGCAUUUCUACAACUACAACAACAACAGUAUCAACAGAUGCUUCAGAAUCAGCAACCAAUGUCUAGUGUACAGUCAGACAGAUUUGCAAGAAAUAGUGGUAUGACACUUGGAAUGGACCCAGAGACAAGGAUAAGAAAACUAGAGAUAGAAAUAGAUUGUGCCAAUUCUUUACUAGAAUCAACAAAGAGGAGACACCAGGAUGAGAUAAAAGAUAUAGAAAGUUCUUACAAUACAAGAUUACAGAUGUUAGAAGAAACACACACAAGUAAAGAGAAAAGACUGAGAGAGGAAAAUGAAUAUAUGAUGUCGCAGCAUUUGACUAAAAUAAGAGGAAUAGAACAAGACAAGUCCGAUAUAAUCACACAGAACUUUAAAAAGAUAGAGGAGAUAGAAAGAGAAAAAAUGGAAGAUCUCUCAAAAGUAAAAGACAUUCAUAGGAAUGCAAUUGAACAAUUGAGGAAGGAUCAUGAAGAAUCCAUUCAAAGGUUAAAGUCAGCUAAAAACAGUCAGAUAGAGGCUGUAGCUAUAUCACACGAUACUACAAGAUCAUUGGCAGUAGCUGUAGAAAUGAUACAGACUAAUGCUAGAGAUGUUGGAGAACUUCAGAAAAAGUUGGAUCAGUGGCAUAGUAUGGGAAUGGAUGAACGAGAGAUAGCUAUCAGAUCUAAAGAUGAACAAUUAAAAAUAUUACAAGAAAGACUAAGAAAGCAGCAAGAUGAUAAUGAUAAUGAAAGAAAACGUUUAGAGGAUCUUAUUACAAGAUUGGAAACACAAAUCAGAGAGCAAAGCAGAGUACAUGAUGAGGAAAGAUGGAGUUUAAAGCAAGAACACAACAGAAUGCAGAGUUUACAGACUACGCUAGAGGAGGAAAGACGACUCUGGACAGAACAACAAGCCAGAGAAAGGACUAAUAUUGAAAAAAUCAGGGAAUCACUAUUAGAAGAACAGAAAUCUGUUUUAUCACAACUACACAGAGAAAGGCAGGCCUUAGCAGAAGAAAGAACACAAUUUAUGGUGACACAGAAAACACGCAGAGAUGAUCUUGAAAAUUAUAGUGUCAAACUUUCUCAGGCUAAGACAGAAUUUGAUGCUAUUAUGAAAGUUAUAUCAGAAGAGAAGAACAAAUCAUAUAGCAGGAAGGAAGAAUUAACAAAAGAAGAACAAAGAAUAGAAGAAGAAGGAAGCAAACUUCAAUCAGAGAAAGCUAAACAAAAAGCCAAGGAAGAUGAACUGAUAGAACAUGCACAGUUAAUCAAAGAGAAAUCGGAACAAGUGGACGAAUACUAUUUAGAAGCAAACAGUAAAUAUGAAGAAGGAAUGAUGGCAUUAGAGGCUUCACAGAGAAUAGAGGCUGAGGAGAACCAGAGGCUAGAUAAAAUACACAAACAGAUGCAGUCACUACAGAAUAAGGAAAAACAAAUAUCAGAGGAAAGACUCAGACUUUCAAAGGAAAAGAAGGAAGUAGAAAAUUUGAGAAGUGCUGCUCUGUGUCCUAACUGUAGAUCACCAUCGUCAGGGAAUAAAAUGGUUGUUAUGCAGUCAAAUGGUCAUAUGACUAAUGGAACAGUUAGUGACCAGUUUCCUGGUGUGCCUGCUACAACUUAUCCUGUACAUUACCAGAAUACCUCACGUCCACCAUCAGGCCAUGUGUCACUUAAUUCAGUCACAGAAUCUAUUAAAGCUGAUCGAUCUAUCAGAAUGUGGAAAAUGGAAGCUUUUAAGGAUCAGAAAUAUUUAGAAGAAGAAAGUUUAUUUUUAUAUACCCUAAAACAGAUGCCAUACAGUAAUCCAUGAAUAUGAAUGCUUAGAAAAAUCAGUAAUGUGCCAAGUUAAAACUGUCUAAAGUUUUAUAUGAUAACAGUGUUUUAUCUGUCUAAAAUACUUAAUGUUUAAAUGUUGAGACAGUGCUUUUUAUGUGGAGUAUACUUGUCAGAUAUAACUGUUUUGUGAUUCAGAUAUAUGAAAAAAAGUGUUCAGUCAUGAAUGUGUAAGAUAGUUGUGUAAUAUAGUCAUCAAAAAGUAAAUCAACAUUUAAAAGACAGUUUUUUAGAAAUGUGUUUUAAUGGUAGUAGUAUGGAAAGGUAUAGAAAGUAGUUUCUCUUUGUUGUGUUUUAAAUGUUGGUUUCAUUUUAGCUCACCUGGCCCAAAGUCGUUAUCUUUUACAAAAAUCUUCUCCUCUGAAACUACUGGGCCAAAUUAAACCAAACUUGGCCACAAUCAUCAUUGGGAUAUCUAGUUUAAAAAAUGUGUCCGGUAACCCCAAGAUGGCCACUAUGGCUAAUAAUAGAACAUAGGGGUAAAAUGUAGAUUUUGGCUUAUAACUCUGAAACAAAAGCAUUAAGAGCAAAUCUGACAUGGGGUAAAAUUGUUUAUUUAUUCAAGAUCUAUCUGCCCUGAAAAUUUCAGAUGAAUCGGACAAUCAGUUGUUGGGUUGCUGCCCCUGAAUUGGUAAUUUUAAGGAAAUUUUGCUGUUAUUGGUUAUUAUCUUGAAUACUAUCAAAGAUAGAGAUAAACUGUAAUCAGCAAUAAAGUUCAGUAAAGUAAGAUCUACAAACACAUCACCUUCAUCAAAACACAAUUUUGUCAUGAAUCCAUUUGUGUAAUUUGUUUAAUAUGCACUUAUACCAAGGUGAGAGACACAGGCUCUUAAGAGCCUCUAGUUAUGGUAUUUUUCGAUGUGAAAAAAUCUUAUCUAUCUCACACUAAGUUUUGUAAAACUUUAGUUUAAAAACUUCCAACAUCAAAUGAUCUGCUGAAAGCAAUUUUUUAAGUCUGAUUAAAGUUUUAGAAUUGAAAUUGUUUGAUUUUAAAGAAUGAUUUAUGAUUCUUUUAUUUUCAAAUGUACUUAUUCAAACAAUAGAUAUGUGUUAAAAAAAUCUUCCAAUGUCAUUGAUAUACAUUUUACUCAUAAAAUAUUUUAUGAUUCAAAUAAUGUCUGAACUUAAAAGAUCAGGUGCCGUCCAUGUUUUGUAUUAUGUCUACAAUUAUUUGUGUUGUUACUUAUAUUGCAUUUUUAUUUUUAUUUAUAUUUUGCAUUAAACUGCUGCUAAGAGGAUAACAUUUUUUUAUUUGAAGAUUUUUAAAUAUCAAAUGGUGAUUUUCACUGCUGAGCCAGUAAAUAGAUAUAUGUGACCACAAAAAAAAAGAUGCAUGCAAUUUUAAAAUCAGUCACAAAAUCUCGCACUGGUGUGACAACUUUAGACCGUAAAUAGUGGAAUUGAUGCCCUGAAAUUUAUGGUUUUAUCCAAUCAAGAUGAACAUUAAUUUUGUUAAAGGUAUACCAGACUGGCUUAGUUAUGGCCUAAUCGUGAGAAACAGCCAUUAGCCCAUUACAUAAGUAUGAAUCAUAUCUGAAAUGACUGGUUAGAAUGUAUAAUUUAUUCCAUUCCAUCAGAUUUUUAUUUUAAAAUGCUCUAUAUUAAUUCCCUUUUGUCCAAAAUUAUCUGGAUUUUUUUUGUAAAAAUUAUUGUAGGACAAAAAUGUGCAAAUAAUUUUACUUUUACCACUGUAAUAUUCAAACUUGAUUUUGCAUUGCACACAAGUGUUUCUUUGUUUUUUCUCUUACAUGGCCAAUGUGUGUACUGUUGUUUUCUACUAUGGAUUCAUUUAUUUUCGUGGGCACUAAUUUUCGUGGAUGAAGUAUUCAUGGACAUUUAAUUUUGUGGUUUUGCCGAAGUGUUUAUACAAUCCUUUAGAACAUUUGUCACUCGUUGAACAUUUAAUUUCAUGGUUCAUCUAUAUCAACGAAAUCCAAAAAAAAAAAAAAUCCAACUAAUAAUAAUGAAUCCACAGUUUUUACAAAAAAAUUGUUAUAACACAAAUGCAAGCUUUUUUUUCAACAUAUUGAAUUUUUUUAUACAUACUUUCCAAAUCAUCAUUUGUUAUCUAAAUUGGACACAAGACUUGUGAAUGUUACAUUGUUACAUCAUUAACAUUGUAUGUACAUGUAUUCGGCGUUUUGCAUUUGCGCCGAUCUGCACUUCAUUUGCGCCGAUUUUUUCUUUCAUUUGCGCCGAUAUUUUCUUUCAUUUGCGCCGAUUUUUUUACAGGUAAAUUACAGGUGAAUAGAUAUAAGAAAGAUGUGAUAUGAGUGCCAGUGAGAGAACUCUCCAUCCAAGUCAUGUUAUUUUUCAUUUAACAUUAUAGACCUCUUCCAUUAGCCACUUGCACACAUUUAUGAAUUGUCAAUCAUAACAUGUUUACAUCUGUUUUCCCCAGCUCACAGUGGGGAGGUGGAAAAAGGCCUACAAGAUACAUCUCAAGGACUUUUCCUUGAUCGUAACCGUAGUUCUUUAGCCUCUGUCUUUCGGACAUCUGCCACAUAUUUAUGCUCGAUCUGUGUUUUGACAAGAAAAUCCGUGGUGACUCUGGCUUUACAUAGUUUUAUAUUAGUAAGCUAUGUUGUUAUAUUUCAGGACACUAACCUUCCGAUAUGUAUGGCCCUUGAUGAUUAAGGAAUUGUCUCCUCGGCUCGUUUCAGUGGGCAAUAUGCCCAUCAUGUAACAAUGAAAUUGCAGAAAAAUAUGAAUCAAAAUUAUCUUAAACAUGAAUGAAAAACAUUUAAACAAAAUUUUACCAAUGGUAUAGUAUAUGUACAAGUAUUAAUUUACCUGUAACUCUAAUUAGGAGCAAAUGAAAUCGGCGCAAAUGAAAGAAUGAAAAUUUUCAAAAUCGGCGCAAAUGUCAUAUGCCCCAUGUAUUACUAGUCUAUAAAUGUAUUAUGUAAAAAAAAAUUUGGCAGUAUGUAAUUAGUCAUCAAUAAACAGAUGUGUAUUGAGCUGAAUAUUAAAAGAAAAAUAUCCUUAUGGGAUAUAUUUUUAGUUCUGAUUAUGAACUUUAUCUGUUUGUUGUGUGAACUAUACUAUGGCUACACCAGUAAAGGGUACACAAUUCAAUAUCUUUUGAUAUGAUAAUUUGGUCAAAUAUUUAAUGUAUUACAAUUUUAUAUUUUGAUGUUUAGUUAUUUUUUUUAGUUAAAAUAAUUUUUAAAUCAUCUAAUUGGUUUUGAAUUAAAUGAAACUUGUAUGUAUUUUCAGCAUUGUACAAAUUCAGGGUUGUAGGAAUCAAAUCUCAUUAUUUGAAGUGAAAUAUAAGCAAGUUAGUAACAUGAUAAGAAAUUUUCUUUUCGCAUUAGAAGCAUACUUUUAUGAUGUUAGAAUGGUAAAAGUAACUUAGACUUUUGAAAGAAAAAACUUCUAAAAAUUCAAAGUGUUUCAUGAUGUAAAUUGUACACCAUAGCUAGACGCUCCCUGAGAAAUGUUUUACCUCUUCUUUUUUAUAUUUAGGAUGAACUUAUGUGUUUUCAUUUUGAUCUCCAUGGCCAUUCAAAAUGUAACUGACUUUGCAAAUUAAAAUGUGAAUAUUUUGUGAAACCCCCUCCUGUGCCUGAUGUUUUGUUUCAAUUACAAGUAUUCAGUUAGGGUGGAUAUCAGAAUUCACAUGUUAAUGAAUGUAAGGAGCAUUGCUUAGUUUUAAUUUUUUCUGCUUUUUGUUUUUAAGGUUUCUAUGGACACGAAACAGUAGAUUUUCCAAUGUUUCUAAGCUUUAGACUUGAUUCGAUUUAAUGUAAUGAUGUUGCUUGACUAGUUUUCUGACGUACCUGUACACAAACAUUAUACUUUUCAUAUGUUUUGACAUUGUUAACAUUGAAUGUAUUACUGCAGCAUCUGAUGAAUACAGGUAAAACAUUAAUCUAUAUUCUAUAUUUUUCAUCAAUGUCACUUCAGUUGUAUCAAAAUAUUAUUUUGGUAUAAUUUUACUGUUGUGAAUUUUACAAGUUUUAUA